UCUGGACACGUGUGUAUAUAUACACGUAUUUUUCUCUGCUUCCUGUGCACUUGGUUUUGAUGCAAAUAUGCAAUAUCAAUGCGCCUGGGCUCCACGUACCACGCGACGUGUCCCAUGCAACGAGGAGGCAGGGCGCCGAAGAGGGGAGUGGUUAAAGCACCUGCUUCCCGUCUCACCUGCUACCGGCACUCGUCAUGGACGCAGCAGCAAAGAAAACCUUCGUCACGGCGUGUUCCUCCUCCCUCGUCCUGUUGCUCCUCCUCCUCCUCAUCUCUCCUCGCCUAACGUUUCCGUCGCCGGUCCAGGGUGCCGGCCAUGGAGGUGGAGAGGGGGGGCAGCAGCAACAGCAGGGCCCGCAGCCGGCCGAGCGGGCCAUCGGCCUCACCGGAUUCGCGAACCCGUGGGAUGCCGUCAGGACCUGGGCCAAUCUUGCCUGGAUGAAUCUUCGGCCACCUGACUCGAUGAAAAACAAUGGAAGGAGUGAGUCGAGCGCAGGGGAGGUGGUGAAAGAAGCAGCCUCGAGGAGCUUCGAGACGAGCAAGGAGGCGGUGGGGCAGGCGGCGGAGUCGGCAGCGAAGACAGCAGAGGACGCAGUCCGCAAGAGCAAGGAGAAGGUGAAGCGGACUGCCUCCGUGGCUGGUGGAGAACCGGAUGCAGAGCUUUAGAUCGAUUCUUACUUACGUCUACGGUUGUAGCAGCGUCUGUAAUCUCUCCUCUCUUACUAUAGCUUGAUGUGGUCUCUUUUCUCUCUGAUUGUGGAAAGAAUGGUUCCAAUGGUUUCUUGUGCA